AUGGAUGCGAAACUUGUGUUCUGUGCGCACUCGCUCAAGUUACCAACGCUGAGCAUUCCCCCAGCUCUGUCAGUAGAUAAUGAAACCAUCAACUUCAGAUGUCCGGAACCUCUUGCAGAAGCUGGUUUCCCCGUUCCAAACGCAUCAUUUACUGCUGACGUGAUGAUGGAGCAACCGCAAUCCCGCUCCAUUUACCAGCGGGUGUUCGCAACAGCUGCACGGGAUUUCGAAGGGCGUAAAAAUCUGGUAGUUUUCAGCUACGGCGUGCGUUCCACACCGAAACGGCAGCUUAUGUUUGGUUCGGAAUCGGGUAGCGGUUAUGCUGCGAAGAUCAUUGGCGAUGUUGUGGAUGUUGGUGCCACCAAAGGCAUCUUCGCCAUCUCUGCGUAUGGUGUUGGUUCCUCAGAGCAUCUCACCGACUUCACUGAUGAGAAUAACGAAAUGGGAGUAAUUGUAGAAUCGGUGAAGGAGGGCCCGCGUGUGCGUAUGGUUGGGCGUGUUCGUGUAACGUCAUCGGAGGAUGUGCGUUCCGUUUUUAACACAGUUACGAAGAACUAUCAAAAACAUUUCGAGUCAGUACUCCGCGAGAGGCAACCAACAGCUGAGCUUGAAGCCCUUCCGCCAUAUAUGCCUGAGUCAAUGAUUCUUCAGCUCUACCGUUAUGAUGAUGAGGAAGCAUUCAGCGAGUAUGUGGAAGCGAACUCCAUGACGUUUGUUGCACUGGGAGACUCGGAACGGCCUGUUCUUUGUGGAAUUGAAGAAGAAACUCAGCAGGAGUAUGAAAAGACACAGAAAGUCCUUGCGUCAGCAGUAGGAAUUAUCUCCAGUAUUCGCUGUAAUCGUCUGCGCAUUCCAUUCGGCAAGUCGAAAUUAAGUCAGCUCCUUCGCCGUGCAUACAAUGCCGAGAAGGGCAACCCCAACAACGGCUACAAUGAGCCAACAUCAACCGUUUUUAUUAUUCAUGCCUUUACAGACGCUGUUUGGGCAGAGGAGUCAUACCACUGCCUUUUACUCUCGCGACGAGUUAGCAGCGUUGUUGGCACGAGCAGCAUCGGUUCCAUUACGCGCGACCUCAGUGUCGAUAAGUGGCGUUUGGAUCAAGAUAUUAUGGAGUUGCGUGAUGAGCUUCAAAUUGCGCGCACAGUGUAUGACUACAGGCCCUGUAUAUAUGACCAACCGAAGCCAGUUCAGAAUAUCAGAGAGGAGGAACAGAAACGCAUUAGCGCCAUUGUUUCAAAACGGGAGGAAGCCCGUGAAAGGCAGCUGAGUUUGGUCCGCGAGCAAGCCAAGCAGGAUGCUGAUAAAAUCAUUAAGGAUCUCGAAGCUCGGACGGGGACGACGCUCUCGGCGCUGGAGGCCUCCCUCGAGGCGAAAAUGAAGGAAAACUCGGCGCUUCAUGCGGACAGGGAAAAACGAAUUCAUGAAUAUGAGCAAACCUUAGAAAAGAUUCGCAAAAAGAAGCAGGAGGAGGAAUCCGCGUGCGAGAAGCUACGUGAAGAGAUGCUCCAGCUUGAACAGGAACUUAGUGUUCGGCAAAACGCAAUUGAGAGCAAGCAGAAGAAUUUGGAAAUGAUAAAGCUGGAUAAGUCAAAGGGCCGUGACGCGGUUAUGCGUGAGCGACAGUCCAUACAAGCGAUGCGCAAAACGGUGCUAGAGGAGAGGCGGCGUCAGCGCAAACAGUGGAUUAACCAAAUAAAAGAAAUCAACGCUAAGGUUAUUGAUCAGGUCCGGAUGCUGGCCGAGGAACGGAAGAAAAACGGUGAGCAGCCCACAGCAAAUGAAGAGGCUGCUGAAAAGGCAAUCAUCGCGGAUGUGCGAACUAUCGAGGAAUACUUGCCAAAACUCAUUUCACUUGAGGACGUUCCCGUGAAUUUGGAGGAGACGGAAGCCAUUCGCCGACAAUUUGCGGAUGUGUUUGCGGAAGAGAAAAAGACAUAUCUUGCGCGGAUCGAAGAGGAGAAGGCGCGGAGAGAAAAGCUGGAGCGUGGCCUCGAAGUAUAUCGUCAGCGCCUACUCGACACAUAUCAAGCUAAGAAAAAGGAGAAGGUGCAUGACGCCAUAACAAAAGAGCAACACCUCAGCUCAUUGGUGGAUCAAGUCAUUACGUACUUGCGCAACGGUGUCCGAAUGAGCAAAAUUUCAAGCAAAGGAAAUAUUCGCCGGCGGUUCUACUUCCUCUCCGAAGAUUACAAACGCAUUCACUCCUGUGAGAUUGAUAACCAAGGCGCGCCAAUCAGCCGGAAGAAACCACCCGUCACCAUAUGGCUGAAAGAUAUAAAGAAAGUGGUUAUUGGCGUAUACACAUCUUCAUUUACAAACUUUAGCAGUGAGGCUCAGUUGGCGAAGACGCGUCAGGAGGCCGUUUCUGACAGCGGAACUUACCGUCAAGACCCAACGCAAAACAUCACCUCAGCCAACCUUGGUUUGCAUAAUUACAGAUCCUUUGCACUUCUGCUUCGUGGAGGUAAAUCUCUGGAAGUUGUUUGCGAAACGGACAGCGACUGCGAGGCUUGGCUUGUUGCGCUCAAGCGACUCCUUCAAAUAAAAUCUCCUAUUGAGCGAAUUCUUGAGGAAAGGAUGAACGGCAAUACGACGAAAGAAUCACCAAGUAACACACAUGAAGGUGCUGUUGAUAUAAAAUGGGGUGGUUCACUUGAUAUACACAACAUGCGCGGGUUUGUUUCCCUGUCGUCUGAAGAAGCCACGCUGUGUAGUGAAAACCACAUCCCGCCCGCUUUGUUCCUUCGGAUGAAGCAAGAAAUGGCAGAAAAGGCGGAAAGGAAUACCAUCACGAUUUAUGAUGUCCGUGUUUCUUCCGGUCUUGACUUAUUCCGCUCAGGGAAGCUUUAUGAUUUCUUAUGCGAAAAGAGAGUCAUACCGCUCCCGUACUGA